UUCUGCGCUUGGGGUUUAUAAGUGGCGCAGAAAGCGUUUAUCAAUGGAUGAUACUCCUAUAGAAUUCCUCCAAAAUAAAAAUAAUUUUAUGCCUAUAAGGUACUCGUACUCACAAAUUAGGAAGAUGAGCGAACGUAUUCAGGACAAAUUGGGGGAAGGAGGAUAUGGCUCUGUCUUCAAAGGAAAACUUAGUAGUGGCAGAUUGGUAGCGAUCAAGAUGCUGGACAAAGCAAAAGCGAAUGGACAAGACUUUAUAAAUGAAGUUGCAACCAUUGGGAGGAUUCACCAUGUCAAUGUUGUAAGUCUCGUUGGUUUCUGCUCUGACAGAACAAAACGUGUUCUUGUAUAUGAUUUCAUGCCCAAAGGCUCUCUUGACAAGUAUAUUUUGUCUCGAGAGGAAUUUAUCUCCUUAAGUUGGAAGAAAAUGGACGAAAUUUCUCUUGGAGUUGCACGAGGGAUUGAAUAUCUGCAUCGAGGUUGUGAGAUGCAGAUCCUACACUUUGAUAUCAAGCCUCACAACAUCCUUCUCGAUGAAAAUUUUGUUCCAAAGAUAUCAGAUUUUGGCCUGGCUAAAUUAUACUCAACAGAUGAUAGUAUUAUGUCUAUCACUGCGGUGAGAGGAACAAUCGGAUACAUAGCCCCAGAGUUGAUCUACAAAAGAAUUAGAGGUGUUUCACACAAAGCUGAUGUGUAUAGUUUUGGGAUGCUAUUAAUGGAAAUGUCAAGAAAAAGAAAGAAGCUCGACGCUGCAAUGGAUAAUAGUUCAAGUCAGACCUACUUUCCUUUGUGGGUUUAUCAUGAAAUGGUCCAAGCAAAGACUAUAGAAGUUGAGGAUGCCAUAGAGGGGGAGGAGGAGAAUAUGAUUAAGAAGAUGACUAUAGUAGGAUUAUGGUGUAUUCAAAUAAGGUCUUGCGAUCGUCCCUCAAUGAGAAAGGUAAUCCAAAUGCUUGAAGGACAUGCAAAAAAUUUAGAAUUGCCUCCUGAGCCUACUUUUAAUAUAGAACAAGUACCCACGGAGAAUGUUGAAGGUGCUACAAACCAGACAUGAUCAUCCUUGACAUCAGUUGACAUCACAGAAUCUAUCACACUGGUUACAAAUGCAGAUUGAGUAAAUAUAAUACUAAGUAUUUGUAAGAUUGAGCCAAGAACCUGACCCGAAUAAUGAAAAUCACAUGUUGA